CUUUAUUUUUCCAGCGCCUUUGUUCGCUGCACUCAACUUGUCUUGGAGCAUUGCAAGAUGGCGCCAGCAGUCAAGACUUCGCAAUUCAGCGAUGCAGCCCUUCAACACCGUCUUGAGUUGACAGGCAAGGCCGGUCCGCAGGCGUUGCUCAAGAAUAUCCGCGUCUUCGGCCUUACAUGCUUUGCUUGCAUCGGCGGUCUUCUUUAUGGCUACAAUCAAGGUGUUUUCAGUGGUGUUUUGACCAUGAAUUCCUUCAAUAACCAUAUGGGCGACUAUGUCAGCAACACGACCAAAAAGGGCUGGCUCACUUCCAUUCUAGAGUUAGGAGCUUGGACCGGUACCCUGUACUCUGGCUUCCUCGCCGAGAUCAUCUCAAGAAAAUAUGCGAUCCUCGUUAACACUUGUAUCUUCAUCCUGGGUGUCAUUAUCCAAUGCACAGCAACCUCAGCCGGACACUCUGCCAUUCUCGGAGGCCGUUUUGUGGUUGGUAUGGGCGUUGGCUCGCUUUCCAUGAUCGUCCCAAUGUACGUCGCUGAGUGUGCGCCACCCGAGCUGCGUGGCUUGCUCAUUGGUAUGCAACAAUUUGCCAUCGAGUUCGGCAUCAUGAUCAGCUUCUGGAUUGAUUACGGCACCAACUACAUCGGAGGAACUGGCAAAGGGCAGUCCGAUGCUGCAUGGCUUGUGCCUCUUUCUCUUCAACUGGCUCCGGCUCUGAUCUUGUUGACUGGAAUGAUCUUCAUGCCUUUCACUCCUCGAUGGCUCAUUCACCAUGGCCGGGAGCAAGACGCAAGAAGGACAUUGGCCCUUCUCAGGGCCAUGCCAGCCGAACAUGAACUUAUCGAGCUCGAAUUCCUUGAAAUCAAGGCACAGUCUCUGUUUGAAAAGAGGACUGUCGAAGCCAACUUCCCCCAUUUGUCAGAAUUGACCGCGAUGAACACCAUCAAGCUGCAAUUCGUGGCCAUUGGGUCUUUGUUCAAGACCAUGCCGAUGUUCCGUCGUGUCAUUGUGUCGACGGUCACCAUGUUUUUUCAGCAAUGGACAGGUAUCAAUGCCGUCUUAUAUUACGCCCCUCAGAUCUUCGGCUCUCUUGGUCUCUCCAACAAUACCACCUCGCUGCUAGCAACUGGAGUCGUCGGUAUUGCGAUGCUGCUAGCUACUAUCCCUGCAAUUCUGUACAUCGACAGAAUGGGAAGAAAGCCCGCACUUGCCAUUGGAGCACUUGGGAUGGGUCUUUGCCAUUUCAUCAUUGCCAUCAUAUUCGCCAAGAAUGAGCAUCAAUGGCCAACGCAUCACGCCGCGGGUUGGGCUGCUAUUGUCAUGGUCUGGCUGUUCGUCAUCCAUUUCGGCUGGUCAUGGGGACCUUGCGCCUGGAUUGUGGUUGCAGAGGUUUGGCCCCUCUCGGCUCGUCCAUAUGGUAUUGCCCUUGGUGCUUCAUCCAACUGGAUGAACAACUUCAUUGUUGGUCAAGUUACACCAGAUAUGAUUUCCGGAAUCCGAUAUGGGACAUUUAUUCUCUUCGGAUUGUUGAUCACCAUUGGUGCCGGCUUUGUCUGGUUCUUCGUCCCUGAGACCAAGCAGCUGACCCUCGAGGAGAUGGAUCUGGUGUUUGGUUCAAGCGGAGUCGCAGUAGCGGAUCAAGAGCGUAUGCGCCAGAUCAAUGCUGAGAUUGGCCUUGAUCGCAGAGUGUCUGCCGCUGGAGUACGUGGGAGCGAUGAACAGGUCGCGGAGGUGCAUGAGAAGAACGUCGAGUCCGAGAAAGCGUAGGUCGCUCUGGUAUUGUAACAACCCGUUAACGACAUGGACUCGUCUGGUGCUAGGAUGCUGUGUGUGGAAUGCUUGGAUGAGAUUGUUGUUCGUCUGCUUUGUCGUGCCUGCUAGAUGCGUGUGAAAAGAAGUCAAUCAGAAUGGGGCAGGAUCGGACAAGCUUUUCACGAAGAGUUCUUUGGACAUGAUUUCAUGGCCCUCGCCGACCUCGCAAUGAUCAGCGCUGAUGUUCCA